AUGUCGGCAAAAAUAUCUUUCUUGACGCCGAAGACUCCUUCCACCAGCGUCCGGGUCGUAUUGACGGGGGCUGCCAAUGUCCUCGCAACCCGCAGAGGGGCCGAUGAUUCUCCAUUCGGGCUUGGCGGGAUGCCUCCGAAAGCCCUAGGGGUUGGUUUCUCCAUUAAACGUCGGCCCAAGAUGUUGGCACGGCACACGGGGCCGGAUUGCGCCGCUCUUCACGGCAGGAUCGGCACCCGUCGUGGCGCCCUCAUCAUCAACUCGGUGACUUCCCAUGAGGCGCGAAUACGCGGCAAGCCCAAGCCUGAUACCUAUCACUAG